UUAAAAACAAAACAUGCCCCCAUCAGCUAGCACAAACCUGGGCUAUACCCCUCCCGAUGGCGGCUGGGGGUGGGCCGUGGUGUUGGGAUCCUUCAUCUCCAUCGGCUUCUCUUACGCCUUCCCCAAGUCUCUCACCAUCUACUUCAAAGAAAUCCAGGAGUAUUUCUCCAUCUCCUACAGUGAGAUAGCCUGGGUCUCCUCCAUCAUGCUGGCUACCAUGUAUGCAGGAGGACCCGUGAGCAGCAUUUUGGUCAACCGCUAUGGUAGCCGCCCAGUGGUGAUUGUUGGUGGGCUAAUGGUUGGGCUUGCUAUGGUAACAGCGUCUUUUGGCACUACCAUUUUGCAUUUGUAUUUAUGCGUGGGAGUCAUUGGAGGCUUUGGCUUAGCUUUUAACCUGCAACCAUCUCUUACGAUAAUUGGCAAAUACUUCCUUGUGAAAAGGCCAUUAGCAAAUGGCCUGGCAAUGGCAGGGAGCCCAGUCUUCCUGUCCACCCUGGCUCCCCUCAACCAGUUUCUCUUUGACCGUUUUGGAUGGCGAGGAAGCUUCCUCAUCCUCGGAGGAGUGGUGCUCAACUGCUGCGUAGCUGGAGCCCUUAUGCGGCCCAUCAAGAUGAAACCAGCGGCGAGCCAAACCACUGAUGAAAAUGACAGCGGGGAUCUGGACGUCACCCCUCAGACAGCUGGACAAGACAAGUCCAAGCAGUCAGGCCGUGCCGUAAAGGUCAACCAGUUUAUUGAUGUAACCCUCUUCAAGCACAGAGGCUUCCUCAUCUAUCUGGUGGGGAAUGUGCUCAUGUUUUUUGGCUUUUUUGCCCCAGUGGUCUUCCUGGCACCAUAUGCCAAGCAUCAGGGGAUAGACGAAUACUCCGCAGCAUUCCUGCUCUCCAUAUUUGCUCUAGUGGACAUGUUCGCACGUCCAGGAACGGGUCUGGUCGCCAACACCAGAUGGAUCAGGCCCAAGAUCCAGUAUUUCUUCAGCUUCGCUGUGAUAUAUAAUGGCCUGUGCCAUCUGAUGUGUCCGCUCUUACCAGGUUACACAGGCCUGGUGGUGUACGCUGUGUUUUUUGGCCUGGCUUUUGGCAUGGUGUGUGCUCUUCUUUUCGAGGUACUCACGGAUUUGGUGGGAGCACAGCGGUUCUCCAGUGCGGUUGGGCUCGCUACCAUUAUAGAGUGUGGGCCUGUCCUGCUGGGACCACCAAUCUCUGGUUUACUGGUUGACAUCUUCAUGGACUAUAAAUACAUGUACUUUGCUUGUGGUGUGAUGAUGCUGGUCGGCGGUAUCUUCCUCUUCAUCAUGAACUAUUACAACUACAGAUGGUUGGAAGAGGAGAAGAAACAGAGUUUGGUAGAAGAGCUACAGAUUGUCUCAGCUAAAGAGCUUGCUGCCAUGGGGGAGGUCAAACUCAGCACAGAGGAGGAAGCACUGGACUCAACCCAAGAGCCCUGAAUCUGUCUUCUUUUGUUAGAAUGAAACUAUCCAUCCAUCCGUCCGUCCGUCUGUAUGCCUGCUGAAUGUUGCAAUCAAGCAUUCCUCAGUUGCAUUUU